AACAAGUCCAUUUAGGCAUAUCACAGCUUAAAGUUUAAAUACGGCUACUAGGCACCAGCUUAAUUAGCCAUCGCUUUUCUGUUUGUACUUUAAGCUAGUGUAGCCAUCAACAGCUAUAAAUAAGGCCCUAGAACCAAUGCAUGCACACAUCUCUACUGAGCAAGCUAUUUACAGAACAAUAGUACUAUUCCGAGUAAUAUAAUGGCAGUCUCAAGGGUGUCACUGCUCUUCGUCAUGGCGUCGGUCAUGUUCGUUCUGGCUGCUUUUGAUGGGGUGAAGGCGCAGCAAGCUCACGGCGUGUUAGCGACGUACAACCUGUACAACCCACAGAAAAUCAACUGGGACAUGCGGACGGCGAGCACGUUCUGCGCUACGUGGGAUGCCGACAUGCCGCUGGCGUGGCGGCAGCGUUACGGCUGGACAGCGUUUUGUGGCCCUGCCGGUGACCAUGGCGAGCCCUCAUGUGGACGCUGCCUCCAGGUGACGAACAGGGCGACAGGGGCGAGCACGGUGGCCAGGGUGGUGGACCAGUGCGACAAUGGCGGGCUCGACCUGGACAUCUCGGUGUUCAAGCAAAUUGACACAGAUGGAGGUGGCAUGGCCAACGGCCACCUUUCUGUUGACUACAGUUUCGUUGAUUGCCAAGAUUAG